AUGAACACCCUUCCGCUAGAAACGCUGCAGUACAUCUUCGAGCUCGCCUGCACUGACGGAGGGGCCACAGGAAACUCACUCUCGCUCACCUCCAAGCAGAUACGCGCAGCUGCGCGCCGGGCACGCCUUCACACGGUCCGUGUCGCCGCCGACAGCAAUACCUUCCCCGACUUCGUCGCCUUUUUCGAGCGCGAAUGCAACGGCGGGCGCAACGAGAGGCCCCGCGUCCGUCACCUAUACUUGACACUGGCCACAAACCCUUACUUCCCUCCUAAUCCAGCACAAAUUCCUCUUGCCCCGCAGAAUCGGAACUCGCAGACGCUGCCGGCGAGUCACGAAGCUGGUCAAUUGUCGAACUCUCCCGCCCCACCACUCGAAUCGUCCGGCGUAGUGUCCUCACCUCCCUGCUCAUGCCCGGUGAAAGAGCUCGUCCGACUUGUUGCGCCGGACUUGUGGUCUCUCGUCGUCUAUACGGCGCCUAGCGGUUUUUGCCUACCAGAGGACCUCCAGUACUCCAUUCUCACGCACACAUAUCCGCUUGUGCGGGAAGCGGCCUUCAUAGGCCUCCCAGGGCCUGCACGUAUCAACUGGUCGGACGUGAAGCCGCCAGCCUUUCCCUGCGCAACACACCUCUACCUCAGUCCCCGCGUCAAUAAACCAGACCUCAACCUACCCGCUUGGUCGGCGCUCGCGCCCCGCGUCACGCAUUUACACGUCUCCGACAUACAAAUGCAGAGCCAUGUCCGUCAGCUCGCGGAAGCGGUGGGAGUGCACGCGCAGGUUCGCCUAUACCGAACACUCACUAUAUCCCCCGAGUUUCCCCCGUCGCCGCGGACGUACCCGAGCGUACGCUACCUCUUCAUGACGCCGAAGGCGAACCCUCAGGGCCGUACAUGCGGGAACUUCAGCAGGUUGCAAGUGGCCAUGCAGAACGGCCUGAGCGACAUCGUCCGGGAAUGCCAUCGCCGUGUGGACGGCACCGUCCAGGCUGUGUUGCUCAAAAGGCCUGAUACUGUCCCGUAUGGGCAACGUGCGAAGAUGCUUGGCGAUCAGUGGGUCGAGCGGGUUGGGGGUGGGGAAGGAUGGUGGAAAGGACCGGAGGUCGAUUGAGGUACUAUAGGAGAUCGUAUGGGCGGGCUGUCCAUGGUCUGCCGCGUGCGGGGUUGGUUGUCUUUUAGCGUCCUUUUGCGCACUCGGCCGGGGUCGCGUGUUUUAUGAACGUGCCUAUAUUCCUGCUUUCAAUUGACGACAGC